UCCAUCACUUCAUCGUUAUAUCGACACCGUAUUACUAUGGUCACGAAGAGAUCUAUCGACGCUCUCGAAGAGAUAAGCACCCAGCGCAGCUCGGCACGAGACCGAAAGCGAUCUCGAAUCAGUGCAUUGGACGCCCGCAGCAAUAGCAGUGUCGCAUCAUCCGAACCCCUGUCCGAGCCUUCCGCGAUGCAGAGCACACCGCCUCUCGACCGCCAUCUCGAGCAAAGCAGUGCCAGCUCUGUUCCGUCUCAGGGACAGGACGAGUCAGAACCUUCAGCGAGCAGUACAUCAAGCCCCAGCGCCAGCGAAUCUUCAAGCGAAGAUGGAGAGGAUGACAGCAUGGAAGAGGAGGUCGUCACUGUGGGAGGACCCAAGAAGCCAAGGAUAAAUCCAAAGAUCCUCAGCAACGCGCAAGAUCUGCAGGCUCGACUCAAAUCUUUCCUCCCGCAGCUGCAGCAAGCGAAUACAGAACUGGCUGCAAAGGGUCCAGGUCUGAGCAUGGAAGAUGUGGAAGAUGAUGAGCAACACAUCGAAAUGAACCUUGGUCUAGGUGUACUAGAGACAAAAGGCGCUGGCGCAGAACCGGGCGACGUUGUGCUUCCACGAAAGGGGCAGCACGAGGAAGACGAGUCGAAAAACGCAAACGAGGAACCUGCAGACCCGAUCAUGCUUCACCUGGAAACAUUGAGGCAGAAGAUGGGUAGGAAAAGCGUCGAGGUGAUCUUGAUAUCAGAGUGUUAUCGCCGAUUCGAUCUCGAUCUCUUCACAAGGAUAUGGGUUGAUGGCGUGCGAUGCGCCCCUUGGCAGGAGGUCGCUGUGGACAAAUCCGCGAAGAUGCUCCACGACGUGGCCAGGUCUUGCUUGCUAGGCCAGCGUCAGAUGGAAAUGCAAGUGCGGUGCCGCGAGCUAAUAGUAACACACGGCAGGCUGUUCGGUGAUCCGCACUACAUGCGGCAGAAUGUCGAUAUCUGA